AUGUCGCAUGCUUCCAAGAAUAGGCUUUCGCAAUACUCGGUUGGCUCCGUCCCGUCCCGGUCGCGACCGCAAUCUCACGCCUUUCCCAUGUUCCCCUCGAGCCUCUCGUACACGCUCGUGCGUGAUUUCGCCUAUCCCGCCUCUCACCCAUUGCACUAUGGCCCUCCGCCCGAGCCGUCCGGCCCGGCUUCUGGCUUGACGACCCCUGCCAGCGAGAACAGGCGACUGUCUGAUCCUCCCGCGUCGUGGGAGCAGAGGAUGCCCUGGGACUCGUGGACAGCGGAUGCCUUUAACCGUGGCAACGACAUCCCGCCCAUCCAUUUCGGAGACGGACCCCCUUACAGCGAGGAUGAAGACCUGCAGAGCCCCGUGGUUGCGACCCGCCAUCGGAAGCACAAGUCGACUUUGGGCACCAUGAGCACUGGCAGACCAAGGACUGCAAACGACUUGGACGAUCGUGGGCCCAGUCUCAUGGACUCGUCCGGCUACGACAACGACCGGGGCUACUUUAUCGGGAGACGCGGGGAUGGAAGCGAGCAGUACUAUGUGAAUGAAGGAGGGGAGGCCGACGGUCCAGGCGGAGAGUUGGUGACGUACCCACCAGACCGGUCAAGGCACAGCCGCGUAUACCAUUAUGCGCACCGACCGCCACAAGCACGCGAGCAGGGAGGAUACACGUCCGACGAUUCGAGCUGUCCGUCAUCUCCGGGCUGCCACGACGAGGACCAGUCUCGCUAUUCCAGGGACUAUCAGUUCACCAUCACAUCGCCCGAUGAGGAAUUCCACGGGAAGGCAGUGGCACUGUUUGACUUUGAGCGAGAAAACGAAAACGAGCUGCCGCUGGUAGAAGGCCAAAUCAUAUGGGUUUCGUACCGCCAUGGCCAGGGCUGGCUAGUCGCAGAGGACCCCAAGACGCAAGAGAGCGGCUUGGUGCCCGAGGAAUACGUCCGGCUACUACGAGACAUUGAGGGGGGCAUGAACAGCCUGACUGGGCAGGUCGGGGAAGGGCCCGCGUCGCCAAACGAAGCCGGCACGCCCACCCAGGCGGAGCACGGCAGUCAGGAAGGCCAGCGUCCGUCGUCCACUCACGCCACCAACGGAUACCAUCAGCCGGUCGUGUCCAUCUUCUCGACGUCGAGCAAGGACCUGAAUCCUUACCCCACGGAGCAGCUCGGCAUACAGGCCGGGCAAACUCCACCUCAGCACAACGAGCCCGGUAUCGCGAGAAGAGAAAGCCAAGACUCGGGCAAUAAGGGCGAGGCGGGUGCGAUGCCGGUGCCGAAUUCGAAAGCAGCCGGGCCUGGUUGCGAAACCCAAGGGACCAUAGAGACGGAGCGGUGA